GGCAUUCACUUUCGCCCUCCAAUACAACACUGAGCUCAUUGCCUAGCUCAUUUUAUUUGUAUUGAUCUUUGCUGUCAAUUCGGUAUCAUUACACUUGACGUCUCUUCGAGUUAUCAAAAGACAUCAGACAUUUGGCAGUGUUUCUCCUGCUUGAAGACACCUUGUAUACAUUUCGAUUUUGAUUUGGAAACGAGGUUUUCAUUUUGACAAAUGGUGAUCGUUGCGGUCAGGAAUUUUGAAUUGUUUUGUGUUUUUGUUGAAUCACAUUUAAAAAUCGAAUGAUUUUACCAUUUUCUGUGUGAAGAUCUGGGAUAAGUUGCAUUCAUUUGGUUUCUCAUGUGCUGUAACUUUGCAUACGGAAUUUACUGAAAGUCAGUCAUUUGUGAAAAUUAUCAUUUUGAACUCCGAGACAGUGUUGCUGGGGUAAACAUGAUGUGCACUGUUCGACCUUUCGUAAACUAGACAGACCGCAGACAGUUUUUCUCAACUUGGAUACAUCAACAUUUGGGCUGAGAACUGCCAAUUCAUAGUCUCGUAAUUCUGUGUUUCUGAAUUCAAGUUUUUCUUCGUUUUGAAGACUUCAUCUAGCUGUUCAACUUGACAGGGGAUGGCUCAGUUGCAUCAUCUGCUGAAAGAAAACAAGAUUUGACUAGAAAACAAAUCACAAUUUCAGGCCUUGGAUUUAACUUUAGAAACAAUUUUGUGUUGUUACAGGGAUGACAAUAAUUCUCUGGGAACAUUUUUUGAUAGAAAAAAAAAAGAAUAAGUUGAGAUUUGUUGAUGGGACAGCUUCACUUAUGAAUAGGAGCAAUCAAGUGUUGUUUGCUUAAAGUACAUUGAUUCGUGUUUGGAAGGAAGUAUUAUUGACAAAACGUUUGAAUUUCAAUUUGAUUCUUGCUCGGCAGAACCUUGGAGUAAACCAUCAGACUCUUGUUUUUCGUCAAUGAAAGUCAAUAUUUCAUAUUUCUGUUUGUAUACUGUGCUGUUCAAAGCUUAAAUUCAACCAGCUGGACAAUGGGCAAGGAGGACCAGGCUGGUCAGUCUCGCGACAGGAGGCCAAGCCGUGACCGUGAGCACCAUGGUUCACAAGGUCACCAGGGGUCAAAGACCCACCAUGGUCACCAUAGAGACCGGCGAAUGUCUGUCGCAUCACAGAGUGGACACAAGUUGAAGGGUAAGACGAAGCCAGGGGGCACGCCUGAGAAGUCUGGGACCCCAUCUGCUGAGGAGGAGGCUCAGAGUCCGUACCGUAAUGUCAUCUGGAAUGAGGAUAUCGAGAAGCUACAGAUCAAGGAGGAGGAUCUCAAGCAGGUCCAUGAGCAGAAGCAGCGGUCUCCAGGUGCAGGUCAAAAGGUCAACAAGGUCACGGUGCGUAAGCUGAAGCCGGCCUCGGAAUGGAACAAACCUAAGCCUAAAGUGGUGACCGUGGCCAGACCAGCCCCACCAGAUGCUCCUCUCAAACCAACAGAUGUGUCUGGCUUUGCUGGUCCUAGAUACGACGAAUACGGGAAUGUUAUUCCACAUAGUAUUCUUGGAAAUUACGAUGACUUCCACAAAGAGGCUGUAGACAGAGGCGACCUUUUGGACUUACCGGCCCCUAGGGAUCCAGGGUUCCAAACCUCCACACCUACAGUGAAAUAUGAGCGAAAGAAAAGGGUUAGCCCAACACACGCUAACGAGAGCAAAGCACUUGAUAACUGGCAACAGAAGAUGCGUGAAAGAAAAAAACAGCAGGGAUACAUCUCAAACCUGCUGCGAAAGAAUCCAGAGGAUCUUGCAAUGAACGCAGCAGACAAUUAUCGUAAAAUCCAGGAGGAGAGGUAUAUCAUUGACCGGACGAUCCCCGCCCUGGACUACGGCAAAGGCUAUCGAGUGGGUAGUGAGUUUUGGAAGCAACAGGAACGUUUCGGAGAUGACAUAUCUGGUAUACAUAUGACGUUGACCCAGUCAGAGCGAGGCUACCCCCAACCUAUAGAACAUGUUGGGAUUCCCCAGGGUGUGAGGAACGAGAAGGGCUGGUACUGGUCCCCUAACCACACGGCUCCGGUCCACUACCCUUGGCACAAGGCCCAGUACCUGGCUGAGAGGAAGAGUCAGCUACAACCAAUUAUAGAUGAACUGGACCCUCACCGCCCUGAGUUUGACAGCCUUGAGGUUGUCGGAACAAACCAACCUCAAAUAAAACCAGAGCGUGAAGUCACGGAGCUCGAGUUUACAGACAUCCUGGAAAAGUUCCCUGAGGAAGAUGAGGAAAACCUAGACCCUCUGAGGGACCAUCCUGAUGUUCAUCCCGAACCAAUCUUUGGCCCAUCCAUCAACUUCGCCGGGCAGCCGGCUCGCUGGACUGGGGACGGAUACAGUUUCCAGGAACAGGUCGGGAUUGAGGCUCGUGUCACGUUUGAAGCAUACGCCAAGGACCGUGUGACCUCGUAUCUCUACAUCGUCAACGACGGCACAACAGCUGUGUACUACGACUGGAAGAAAGUGCCAAAGGAUAACCCAUUUGAUUUGGUUCACCAGAACGUGCAGCGGUUCUAUUUCAACAACAGCAGUGGUGUGAUUCUGCCAGGGGAGACAAUGAAGUUUCCGUUCGUGUUUAAGUCACCCAGCGCAGGCGUGUUCCAUGAACAAUGGAGGUUUGAGACGCGCCCGACUCUGUGUGGGGGCGCGGCUCUCAUUGUCACCCUUCGCGGUAUCGCCCUGCAAGAGGACAAGUUUCUCAAGGAGCGUGAAGAAUUGGAGAGAGACCUCCAGCAGAAGCAGGCGGAGCAGAUGGUGAGACAUUUGAUGUUCGACAUUAUAAGUGGCAUCAAGACACCAGAUCGGCCGAGCUCUCCGGUUGACAAUUACAUCACCGAAGAGGAAAUAUUUGCGCGCAACAACCCAAAGCUCCAUUACAACUUUGCACUGGUGCAGCAGCUGAAGCAGAUUUACUUAGAGAUGGUACCUGAGGAGGAAAGAGAGGGCCGGAUCUGGGAUUUGUCUGUAGAGGACCUUAAGGAGGACCUGUUGGACAUGGACGAAGAUGACGAAAGAAAAGAGAACUUCCUACACCAGCUCAAUUCUAAUGUAUCCAAGAUGGCGUACACUCCCCACAUCCCUAUCAAGAAAAACCUCUACAAAGUCGGGUACCAGCUCCUCCUGGAGGCUGUGGACAAGAUGGUGGGUCAGUCCAUGCUGAUUAGACAGGUGAUGGGUCUACCUGAACGAGAACUGACCAUCCUACCAGAGGACCUCACUCUCACUGACAGGACACCUCCUCACGUCACACAUCCAAAUGAAGGCGACUCCAGGAGCAAGUCCAAGGCAGAAAACAAGGUAAAGGCUCCACCAGAGAAGGGAGGCAAAGCACCAGCCAAAAAGGAUGAGAAAGGGGCCAAGGGAAAAGAGGCUGCCAAGGCAGAACCUAAAGGAAAGACCCCACAACCCCCACAAAAGAAGACCCCAAGCAGGGGUCCGUCCGCCACGCCAGGGCCGGGCUCUAUGAUGGCAGAGAGUCGUGAGCGGACGAUGACCACCCCCACCAGUACACCUCAUAGUCCUAUACCUGACGCUGACCCUGUGCUGUAUCGCAAAUAUAAGGAGAAACUUUAUACACAGACUACACUGAUCAUGGCAGACACUUUACAGAAAAUGGAGGAUGUGUUUGAAGAGGUUUUAUGCAGUGAAGAUAAACCGCCGCUCGCUUUGUGAUUUUACUAAAAUUUGACUAAAAACUAAAGACUUUGGAAAACAAUUCUGUGCUAUCAAUCCUGUACGAACAACAGUUGUUACUCGAGAUAUAUAUUACGCUUGAAUAUAAUAUUUAAAGCUACAUACAGUGCUUAUCCUAUUCCCUUAACUCAUUCACCCCUGGAGAAACAUUUAAACUCUUCCAAUUCAAAGGUUGGAAUAGUUCAUUAUGAAAUUUCAGGGCGGAAUGAGUUAAUAUGAAGGAAAGAUAUUUCUUCCAACAGUGAGAGUUGCUUCCCUUUGGAACAGGUUAUCCAUAGCAAUUUUGUCGCUUUAUAUUAUGGCCACUGAAUUUUUUUCUUGAGAAAUUAUCAAUAUAUUUCUAAAAACAUUCAAUGGGAUAUUUAAUUAUUUUCUGUAAACAUUAGAUGAGAAUUUUGUUCAUAUAUUUACUUCUAUUUUCUUCUUAUAUUUCUGAAAGCAAAAGAUGAGCAUGAUACCUUUUGGGAAGGGAGGCAACUUGUACUGUUGGAUUUGAAAGAGGUAAAAAAGAAUCAAGUUAUAAGUUAAGAAAAAUGUAGUAAGAUGAAUCAAGCUUAUUAUGAAGUACUGUAUUUUCAAUCAAUAAAAAUCAUAAUAAUAACCUGAAAUGAUAUUCAAAAAGGUAUUCUGCCUCUAUAAAUAUGGAUGUUUAAAGUUUGUGAGAGUAUAAAAAGUGAGUUUUCAUUACUUGAUUUGUAGUAAAACUUACCAUUUAGCUAUUCUCAAAACAGGGGUCGACACUAACACUAAUCCGCUAGUCCUGGACUAGUAGAUUUCAGCAAGGACUAAUGAAUCACCUUUCCUAGCUAGUCCUUUGGACUUGUGAAAAAUAUGAUCAUGAAUUAGGAUUUUCCUUUUUUUUAAAUCUUUUAUAAAAACUGCUUACCAUAAUUAAGGUAUAUUGCAUGAUAAUUAUCAAAACAAAAUUCCUAAAACUUCACCAUUUUUUUAUGGCAGUAGUUAUUUUUAGUACCCUACAGUCGAUAACUUUUGAUGUUCCAUGCUGUAGAUCACAUUGUUUCCCGAUCAGGAAAUCUUGGACUAGUUACCCGGUACAUUGACAAAGGACUAAUAAAUAAUCUAUAUAACUUGUGGAAUACUUAGUAAAAAAAGUUGGUGUCUAACCUUGCAAAAGCUUUCGGAAAACAAUUUGAUGACUCAUUCAACAAAUAAAUUAAAAUGCUACAUAUCCUGUUAUUUAUAAGGGAUAUAGUGAGUUCCGUCCAAAUGAUACUGAGUUUAUAUCAAACUGUUUUUUACAUUUUUAUAGAAAUGACUGUGAUAUUUUUUGUUUAUAUUGACAUAAAUUAUGGAACAGUGUAUCGGUCUUAUAUUUAUUUAUUAUAUAUAAUUCAUUCAGACACCGAGACACAACUGACAAAACAAUGAAUUUAAGAAACAAUAACAAUUUUAUUUUCAUUUAUAACAUAAUUUGCAUCAACAUUUGAACAGUUGUCGUGUUGACAUACAAUGCAGUGAUGUGAUUCUUAUCUUUUCAGAUUUUUUUUUAUUUUAAAACAAUUUUAAAGUUCUUGAUUUUAUCUGGAAUAUUGAAAAGUUUCAAAAUGGACAAGUUGUGUUCUUCCCUUUUCACUGUCUAAUCUAUAAAUGUGAUUUCAGGUUGUCAGAUUAGACAGGUUUCACUGUCUAAUCUAUAAAUGUGAUUUCGGGUUGUCAGAUUAGACAGAUUUCACUGCCUAAUCUAUAAAUGUGAUUUCAGGUUGUCAGAUUAGACAGAUUUCAUUGUCUAUUUUAUAAAUCUGAUUUCAGGUUGUCAGAUUAGACAGAUUUGACUGUCUAAUCUAUAAAUGUGAUUUCAGGUUGUCAGAUUAGACAGAUUUCAUUGUCUAUUUUAUAAAUCUGAUUUCAGGUUGUCAGAUUAGACAGAUUUGACUGUCUAAUCUAUAAAUGUGAUUUCAGGUCGUCAGAUUAGACAGAUUUCACUGUCUAAUUUAUAAAUGUGAUUUCAGGUUGUCAGAUUAGACAGGUUUCACUGUCUAAUCUAUAAAUGUGAUUUCGGGUUGUCAGAUUAGACAGAUUUCACUGUCUAAUUUAUAAAUGUGAUUUCAGGUUGUCAGAUUAUACAGAUUUCACUGUCUAAUCUAUAAAUGUGAUUUCAGGUUGUCAGAUUAGACAGGUUUCACUGUCUAAUCUAUAAAUGUGAUUUCGGGUUGUCAGAUUAGACAGAUUUCACUGCCUAAUCUAUAAAUGUGAUUUCAGGUUGUCAGAUUAUACAGAUUUCACUGUCUAAUCUAUAAAUGUGAGUUCAGGUUGUC